UCUCGUUCGGCGCGCAGGCAACAUGGGUCGCGUACGCACCAAGACGAUCGAGAAGGCGGCGCGGGUGACAAUCGAGAAGUACUACACCCGCCUGGGCAAUGACUUCCACACCAACAAGCGCGUGUGCGACGAGAUUGCCAUCAUCCCCAGCAAGCCGCUCCGCAACAAGAUCGCAGGGUAUGUAACCCAUCUGAUGAAGCGUAUCCAGCGCGGCCCUGUCCGUGGCAUCUCCAUCAACGUGCCCGAGGUAUCGGCCCUCGACCAUGAAGUGAUUGAGGUUGAUCCGGACACCAAGGAGAUGCUGAAAGUGCUGGACUUUGGAAACCUGUCCAACCUGCAGGUCACUCAGCCGAUUCUGGGCAUGGCCUUCCGGUCGCCGCGGAUCUAUACAGAGCCUAGCACAGGCGUCAGUAGCAUCCGCAGCCGCAUGCGGCUCUCUAAGGACUGCUUCGUGGCUCCUGACACUGUAACUGCAAAGUAA